AGAAUGAGUCUUGGAAAAAGUUUCUUCUCUGCUACAGUAUAUGGCCAUCUUAUGAUCAACCAUAAAUUGAGCAAACUCUGCAGCCAUUUGAUCAUUAACCUAAUUGAUGUUCACUGAGUAUAAGCAGAUGCAACAUCUCAUUAUUAAAGAAGUGGGCACAUUUCUUACAAGUUUGGAACAUGUAUAAGGAAGCUGUGAGGGGUAAUGGGGAGCCCUGCAAGUGAACAGUGUCUGAGCAAAGAAACAAAAAAAAAGACAAAGUUUGUAAAAAAUUUUGGAAGCAUGAAAAGGCAAUGAGGAGGAAACAGGCUAGUUUAAGAUGUUGACAUGUCAAAUUGACCAAAGUAAUUGGACUACAAUUUGUGAAAUUUCCUUAAACUUUUUGACCAUAGCCAUGUCCAGGUGUGAAAGGUGACCUGUGUGAGGUCACCGCAACACCUUCAGCUAGUCAGCAACAACAAUAAUAAAAAAUUUUAAGGUAAUACGGUACAUAUAGAUAAUGCCAGUCAUUUUUUCAUCUGGUGAUCUUGAUGAAAGAAAAUAGCUACUUUUUAACUUUGCACAAAAAACUGUACUGACGACCAAAAAUUCAUCGGUGAAUAGCAUAAGCACCUUUCCUCACACUUUCUUCCAUUACUUUCUUCCUUUUGUUCAAGUGUUGUGAGCGCUUUAAGCUUCACAAAGAAUAAAAGCAUUUGAAAUGCCGUGGGAUCCAAAUCAAGAAAGCGGUCAAAUGAGUCUUUGUGGUUAUGAAUUUCCAGACCUCACAUCUCAAAUUGCACCCUUGACCAUAGAGAUGUUCAAUGUACCUCUUUGGGUUACUAAAGAUGUGAUGGCGGAGAUGUUCUUUAUUGCACAAGACUGCAUCACUCUGAAGAGGAAGCGUGGUAAGCCACGCUAUGCCAUCAUUGUUCCCCCCAGCUGGGAUGAAAGUGAUUCCAUUUUGAGUCAUCAUUUUAAGUUAUUUGGGAAGCAGAAAGCACUACUAAGGCAAUCCUAUGACUCGAACACAUCACGACCCUCCUCAAAGCACUACAAGCCUCAUAUGCUGUCCAGUGAAGAGUUUGACUUGAGCCCUGCAUGUAGUGGACAGCCUACACUUCAUGUCCUCAAUGAUGAUGUCUUGCUUCAUAUUAUGAAAUACAUUAAUGUUGCUGAAAAACUGAUGCUUGAAGCAGUGUGUCGACGCUUCCAGUCUCUGGUUUACCGCGAGCUGGGCCAGAAUAACGUCAUAGACUUCACUGAUGACGGCUGCGUCUGGCGAAGUGCUCACUCCAACCUCCCCAAAUGUCGCAGCAAGUCGCCAGCCGAGCUCACGCAGGACCUCAAGCUCUGCACCUACAAGAUGCUCAUUAUGAACGCUAACCUCAUCACUACUCUGAAACUCGACGAGUAUCACUGCAUCUUUGAUGUCAACGUAUUUGCUGCUAUAGGUCAACUGGCUGUGAAUUUGGAGGAUUUAUGCCUGCAGUUCUCGUCAAAGAGAAAGCACUACACUCCCAUGAAGACCAUCUUCUCGCGCUGCACCAAACUCAGGACUUUAAGUCUCGAAGGCAUAGGCCGCUCUGACGAAUUGCUGCGAGACUUGAAGCUAUGCAAAUGUUUGGAAGUGUUGCGGCUGGGCAGCGUGAAGAAUCUUGACUGGGCUCUUCUAUUGGAGUUGAAAACUCCUCUAAAAGAGCUUUCACUCCACAACAUUGAUACCUUAUCUAACUUCAAAAUACAUAAAAGCUAUCCGGACUUCGCGUUUAACUCAAGCCUCACGACAUUCCGCAUGUUCAACAAUAUAAUGACGCCACGUAUUUAUAUGGCGGAAGCUCUGUUAUCAUCCAUGGCACGCAAGUGUCCUGCGCUGACCCAACUUCAGCUUGAUUGCUCCUGGUAUCAUGUGCCACCCAAUUUCAAGACAUUCAAUAACUUGAAGGUCCUGCACUUUAUUGCUGCUGCUCGUGAAAUCAAGGUUCUUCUCAAAAGCGCUCUGCCUGACGUCGAGGAUCUUUACAUCGAGUUACCUAGCUGGGAAGUAUAUAAUAUGCACAGCGAAAAUGAAGUCUUAACUGUGGACUUUUCGCUGGCGCCGACGUCAGUGUUGUCCCUGACGCUGCCGUCCGUCGCUUUGGACGAUAACUCCUACGAGAGCCUCCUGCGCAUGCCUAAACUGCAGCGAGUCUUUGUCAAAAGCAAGAAAUUCUCAAUGGUUCAGCUUAAACUGCUCGUGGCCCACGUUCAGCUGGUCGAGAUAGGCGCCGCGAUGGUGUCCGUGGAUCUCUCCACGGCACAGGAGCUCACUGCGCUGCGCAGGAAGGCGCUGGCCGAGGGCAGGGCCAAGUUCCCCUCACAGUGUCUCGACCACGACGAGCCCCUCGUGCUGCAUGUCAACUACGCCCACCACGUAGCCUUCGAUCCUUCAGAUCCUUUCAUCAAAAUCAAAGACCACAAGCUUAACUCGUACAUCUACGAGCUCGUCGGGUCGUGUCGCUUUGACAAGUGGCUGGACUUCGGCAACGACGUCUACCAGCAGUAGGAUGCCGAUGAGUUCCUGAGGACGACUGACAUACGAUUGUGGAAUGACAAUCAAUGGGAAUGCUACCCCGAUCUCUAUUUUGACGAUUCCCAUUUGUGAAUCCUGAGCCUCACCAGGCUUGUGCUGCAGUUCUGUGAUACGAUGAGUGGAGCUGACCAGGCUGCUAUGCGGUGUCGUAGCGAUAUAGUCUCCUUUUGUUUUGUUCAUGCCCAAAUGGCGUCAUUUCUUACCAACGAAACAAGUGUCAGAUGUUUUCUAGUUGGUACGUUCCAAAUAAUCUUUCAUGUUUCGAAAUGUUGAGGCUAUGACCACGGAUUUAUAAGAGGAAAAAUUCAGUUUGGUGAUUUAUAGUUCAAAACCGCCUGUUAGUAUAACAUGCCUCUGAACGAUUCAUGUAAUUUAAGAUUCGAUCAAUUUUUCCUAGUUUUGUUUCAGUGGAGUUUCUUUUCUACUUCGACUAAAAAUUAGGGCGGGUCUUCCAAGCAUUACUUAUCUGCCGUCCGACAUUUGGUUCUAUACCAUCAUGGAUCGUCGCUGAGAUCUGCACUAUACUCUAUCACGCGAGUGAUACUGGAGACCUGGCAUUCUCUGUGUCUUAACCAUAUUAAUUACAUUAAUCUGUGUUCUUUUUUUGUCUCAGUGGAAAUCUCUUAACGAUAAGGUGUUGCAGGGUUUACCUUGAGAUAUGAAUUUUUUCAGCAUUCUUUAGAUGGUACGAAUUGAACGUUAUUUUCCAAUAACGUUCAAUUCGUACCAUCUAAAGAAUUGAACGUUAUUGAACUAUUUCAUGUUCAGUUGACAUCACUAUUUCAGUGAUCAGUUAACUUGCUUUAGUGUUUAGAAAUUGUGCUCUGAACGUAUUUUUAUUACUGUUUAAUUGAUUUGCUCAUGCUUCAUUGAAAUAUUUUUAUCAACAAAUCAAAACUAUCGUAGUAACGUUUCCAAAAAAUCGAGUUUUUUCUGUGUUGGAAAUAAAGGAAAGGGAUAUACAGGGUGUCCCAAAAAACGAUACUCAACUUUGAAUGGCUGUAACUCGAAAAGUGAUAGAGUUGGAAAAAUUGGGAAGGUCAGGAUUUGUUCCCUAUCUUUUUCUGCAUCUCUCCACCAAAAA